AUGGCAGUAGACCCAGUCGUCUCGGCGCUACAAGGUACAGACGCUGGCCACCGGGUCCUGGCCUUCGCGGAUAUUGACGGUUUUAUUUUCAAGAAAGGCGACCAGAGCGACCUGAACAACUGGAGGCUAAUAUCCCUGUGCCCAAUUUUCGAUUUGAAAGGGAACCGGAAUUGUCUUCAAAUCGGUGUACGGUUCCCUAUAUACAAUCGACGCGGUCACGACGCCGUGCAGCGUUUUGGUGUUCACACAACACCGUUAUCCGAUCCCGGUUACCAAGUCGUGGUGCGGUCUGUGUGCGUGAGGUGCAUAUUUUUGACUUAG